AUGUAAAAAAGAGUAUAAAUAUAGAGCAGAAAAGCAUAAACAGUUUAUCUUCCUCUAGCUGCAUCCUCAAUAACAAUUCAUUCUAGAAUUACUUCUUAAUCAUAAUCUUAAAAUAAUAUUGUCAAAGUCUGCGUAACCGAUCAUUAAAAACAAGAAACUAAAUGCAAAAAGAAAUAUUAUCAUAAACUGAUAGUUGUACUCAAAAAGUAUCAACCGAGAGAAAUUUAGAAAUAGAUAGUUCCAUAAUGGAACCAUCAACAACAAUUACUAAUAAACAAUUUCAACUUGUUUGGCAAUCUCCUUAUAGACCACACAUUUAUACUAUUAACUUUCCAUAUCCAUGUACAUUAAUAUUAUAUUUUAGAAUUGCUUCAACAAAAAAGAACUUAACAAUUUUUAGUAGAGGAGAUCAAAAAACCAUUAUUUUAUAAGCUCUAAGGUUAGGUACCUUUCAAAUGUGUAUUAAAUGCUUUUGAGGCUGCUGGAUUCGAAAGGACUGAUGAUGAUAAUUGGUUACUUUAUUGGGGAUUGGCGAGCAAGGAAACUUUAAAUGAAAUGAAGAAGUAUUAAAAAACUAAUCAUUUUCCUGGCUGUUGGAGUGUAGGGAGAAAAGAUAACUUAUGGAUUCAUCUCUCUAAAGUUAAAAGACGAUUUCCAACUGAAUACUCUUUUAUUCCCAAUACUUAUUUAUUACAAUAUGAUUUCGAGAGAUUCGAAAGAAUUAGGGAAUGUGCUCCCAAGAAAACUUUGUGGAUUAAGAAACCAGUUGCAUCUGCAAGAGGAAAUGGUAUCAAAUUAAUCAGCAAGAAAUCUAAAUUGACUGCUGAUAAAAGAUAUUUAGUCAUGGAUUAUAUUUCCAAUCCUCACUUAAUUAAUAAUUUUAAAUACGAUCUAAGAGUUUAUGUUUUAAUUACUUCAACAGAUCCAUUGCGAGUUUAUAUGUAUAAAGAUGGAUUGGUCAGAUUUGCCACUUAAGAAUAUUCACUUAAAAGUUCAGAUAUCAAGAAGAGAUUCAUACAUUUAACUAAUUUUUCAGUCAAUAAAUAAUCCCCUAAUUUCAUAGCCAAUAAUUAAGAUAUCGGAAAAUAAUUAAAAACCUCUAAGUGGUCACAUAAGGAAUACAAACAAUAGUUGAUGAACUAAGGAAUUAACCACAAAUUAUUAUUUAAAUCAAUCCAAGAUGUAGUGUUAAAGACCUGUAUUGCAGCUGACCCUCUUCUGCUUGAAAAUAGAAUAACAUUGGAACAUAAAAAUAAUUAUUUUGAGUUAUUUGGAUUUGAUAUACUGAUAGAUGAAAAAUUAAAGCCAUGGUUACUCGAAGUUAAUGUAAGUCCUUCCUUAAACUCAUCUUCUGAGUUGGAUGCUUAAAUAAAAUCUUAAUUGAUAUCAGAUAUGUUACAUUUGAUUGGACUAGAAUAUCAUACCAAAAAGGCUUUUAGGAUACAGAUAAAAAAGAAACUGUAUGAAAGGAAUAUUAAUGAUAUUCAGUCUAUAAAUUCAAGAAAUUUUAAAUAAAAAGUAAAUUAAGAGGAUCUAGAUGUUAUGAUACAAUCAUUAGAAGAACAACUGAGACUGGGACAAUUUAAAUGCUUGUAUCCAAAUAAAAAAAAUAUUUUCGAAUAUGAAUAAUAUUUUGAAUAUCCAAGAUUUCACAAUAAGCUGAUAUAAAAGUAUUUCGAAGAUGGAUCUAAUUGGGUCAUAUGA